AUGCUACAGACCCUGUACGGGUCGAUCAUCGCGUCGACUCUCAGCAGAGUUCUGCUUUAUCCACUUGACACGCUCAAGAUAAAUAAGCAAGUGGACACGAGCAACAGCCAAGUGGGGCGUCCUGCCAGCCUCGCCAGCCACACAGCCACCUCCCCCGUGAACAAAGGUCGCACCUCCUUUUUCCUCUCUGCGUUUAUCCAUAAGUUUGGAUACAGGGGACUCUACAGCGGUUUUCUAUUCUCCGCCAUGACGACCAUCCCGGCGACGAGCCUCUACUUCUGCUGCUUCGAGUACCUGAAGUCGAUCAAAAUAAACUGGAACCAAAGAUUGCGGGACGGCAAAAAGGAGCCCGGACAGGCGACCAACUCUCUGUCCUUUGUGAAUUACUUCACCAUAGCUUUCCUGGCCGAGGCCAUGUCCUGCGUCUUGUUCGUCCCCAUUGAUGUAAUUAAGGAGAGGCUUCAGGCGCAACGGUAUUUGCAACUGAAGGAGUACAGGACGUCUUACCACCUCGUGAAGGAUUUAAUUCGCAAGGAAGGCCUCUUCAGGCUGUACAGAGGCUAUGUCUCCACCUGCUUAACCUACGGCGUAUUUGGAGGCUCUUUCUUCUUUCUCCAAAAUAUGGGAAAGGACCUCAUGAGAAGACUAGAGAUCGAACCGUCCAAUUUGAACAGCCUCAAAUUGAACCUCGUUUGUUCGAUGUUGUCUGGGAUUAUAACUUCCCCCCUUGAAGUAGUCAGGAUAAGAUAUCAACUGCAGGAGAAGAACAGGACCCCUUUUUUUUACAGCAGCUCCGUUGAUGGAAUUAAGAAGCUGUGGAGCGAGGGCAGCGGGAAGAUUUUGAACCUCUUCAAAGGAAACCUCUACCGCUGCUCCCUCGUCUGCCUCAGCAUGACCAUGAAUGUCACGAUUAUAGACCUAUACAGGCAGUUCGCGUGA